CACGUGUGCGGUGUGCUGAGCUUCAUCGGCGACAUCCGUUUUCUUCCCAUGUACUGCAUGACGCGGGGGCUGUAUGGCACUGGGGGGCCAAAUGAGUGCGACAACGAAGCACAUGGAGCGCCAGUAACUGUUGUCUCCUAUUCGCUGACCAGAAGGAGGAUAAAGUACGAAUACAGUGCUCCUUCAGCUGUUGGGGACGCCCGCGUGGUAGAGUCAAUCUUGCUGGUUGCGCGUAUGGCGUCUUCCAAGCAAGCCAGCGAACGUUGUCGGAACUACCUUAUGUUCAAGCCGCUUCAUCAGCAUGAUGAGCAUCGUGCAGAAGCCGCCCGCGCACUGUGGACGCCCAUGCACACAACGAGCUGUGCGUACGUGGACGCAGGGAUUUUGCGCUUCUUAGACCAGCGAAGGAUACAGUACCUUGCAGGGCGGGACCGACGACGGCUGUUGUCGUGCACAAAUGGCACUCGACCGCGGCAUUCCUCGGACACGUGGGGGGCACAGCGUGGUAGAAGGUGCUUCGUCAAGGCUGCAUUACCCACCUCUCCCGCGUGCUGCCAGAUUAGCGUAAGCGUACCUCAUUCGGUCACCGGAAGGUCAGUGGCUGUCUGCGGCCGGCGACGGCGCAGUAGGCUUCAUUGCUACGAGUUGCACACCAAAGGAGCCGGAACCUGA